AACGAUUCGAUAAUAGACUUGACUCAACACUACCGCCAAGCACAUUUUUCUGUGUUAGAUCUGCUUAAGCUUAUCCAAAAUUGGAUUGUGAAAUGUACGAGCUGAAAACCUUGUUGCCGCAAUUCGAUAUUAAACUGCCCACCUGCAUGUACGAAUUAAAGAAUGUCAGCCUCUCUGUUGGCUCUGCGCCAUGCUCUGAAGCCCGUCAAAUUCGAUGCAAUGGCGCUGCAAAGAGUGAAAGGAACAAUUCAAAAUCGGCCACCUGUGCACUUGAUUUGGACAUUUUAGGCAAACAAAUACAACAUUUACUAAAGAACGCAGACGCGGCAGCAAUUUUGCAGCGCCAAGAGAAGGUGCUGAAGCAGCUGGAGGAACUGAAAGCACAAUUGAGUCUUAUGCGGAAAGGUUUGGGUGUCAAAGUGUGCGACAAGAGCGUGCAGCAGACGACAGCCUGUAAUAACGGUGGACUUAAAGAGGUACCACUGCAUGAUGUAGUCGUUAAUGGGCAUCCCAACUUUAUACCAUACGCACUGCUGGCAUUGAAGAACGCUUGGCGCGAUUUGUACACAAUUGAUGUGAAGACAUUUACACACUCGACUAUGGCAGAUAUUGGACCAGCAGCGCGCGAAUUUGAGGCUAAUUUGGCCAAAAUAGCAGUCAACGAAUCGUUGCCCAAGAUCAAAGUAACACUAAUCUGGAAGAACUGUGAACACACCGAGAUGAUUAGCUCGCCCACAAUGUAUGUGCCCAUAUAUGGUGAAGUGAAUAUCAUUAGAUACCUGGGACGAGUGGGCCCCGCAGAAUAUCGCUAUGAGAACUCGCCUCUCUGCAAUGAAAUCGAUGCUGUGCUAGACAUCUGCUAUCAACUGCUGCGGUGCAACACACACAAAAGCCAAGUGGCCAUGGUUCGCCUGCUCGACAAGCGACUAAAUGAUCAGCAAUAUUUUGGCGGCAAUCAAAUGUCUGUGGCAGACAUUGGCGUCUAUAGCUCUUUGAUACGCAUGCCUACCAUUAAGGAUAAGGAUCUUACUCCAGCGCUUCUUGCAUGGCGCAAACGAGCCAAACUCAUAACUCAAAUCUAAAAUAUUUCGAAAUUUAAGAAAUAAAUUAG